AUGGAUACUUACUGCGAUAUUGAAACAAAAUUUAUUGAUACAGAAGAGGACGAGAGCGAAUCAACUAAAUAAAAAGAUACUCAGAGUGUUACAGAGCUGAAACCCUUAGAAAAAACUAAAACAAUAGCUAAAAGAUAAUAUAAAAAAAGAAGAUUUCCAGAACCACCUAAAUAUGGAAGCUAUAUAAUUACUCCCAUUUAUAAAAACUUCUACAGCGAGGCUAGCGAAAUAUACUAUUCAGGAGAAAUAGUUGUCGAUUUUAGUAAGCUCCAAAAGCAGUACACCGAUUUGUAUUCUCCUUGGAAUUACUUUAAAAAUAUAAAUUGCUCUCUCAUCGAUACACAAAAAAGACUACUCGUCACUAAAUUAGAUGAUAAAAUAGCUCAUUAAUUUAAUUAAGAAUAUAUUAUUAAAAAAUACUCUUAAUACCCCAACAAGGAUGUUCAGGAACUUGUGUAAAUUGUGUUGAGUCUUUAAGAAUUAGUUGAAAAGUACAAAAGAAACUAACAACUUAUGCCCUAGACUAAUCCACAUAUUUAAUUUAAAAUUUAUCACCAUUUUAUGAUGCAUGAUAAUUUCUAAAAGAGAAUGUUCUACCAUUACUAAACCUUAGGAUAAAAUACCAAAUUCUUUGCUAGACAUUUUGGUCCUGAUCUUAACAAAAAUAAAAUGUAGUUCUAUCAACAAGUUAUGAGUGAAUCUCUAUGCGAGCUCUUAGGUUAAACACUUGAAGAAAACUAAUCUCAACAACACAGAGUUGGUCUUUUUGAUUUCUUUGAUUUCGAAACUAUUAUGUGCAUGCAACGCACCUUUAUGAAAAGUAUAAUUGAAAAAUUUGCAGCACAAACAAUCAUUCCUGAAGAAUUUUUUGAGUAUUCUUCACCUCAAAACUUAAAAUUCUAAACAUUUGAUGAUAUCACUUUCUACGCUGAUGUCACUGUUUAGACUCUCAUCCAAAAAUAGAACAACCAAGAUCUUGGAAUUAAAUCUCUCUACUUCUCAAUGAUCUUUAUAUUAAAUGUAUCACCUUCUAUGGAAGAAUAGAUUAAGAUACAAAGACAAUAACUUAGGGAUUUAGGUCUCAGAAAUGACAAAGCAGAAGAUAUCACCUACACAAUCUAAGCUGAAAUAUUUAAAGAAAAAUUCUUGUGCAAGUAAUCAGAAGUUAAUGGCGGUAUUUAUAACGAUUAGAACAAACACAAAAUUUGUGGAUAUAGACCACUUUGA